CAUUCCUGUGACAGACAGGGACCAAUCAAAACGCGAGACUGUUAUGCGGGUCCAUCCCAAAACACGGGCCCGUGUCAUGGUACCUAGCAAAAGCUUGCUUCUCUUUGUGUCAGGAAAGGCCUUUUUACAGCAAUGGACAACCUGGAUUGCGCAAUCUGCCUGGAUCUGUACAAGACUCCAGUCACCAUCCCCUGCGGACACAACUUUUGUAUGAAGUGUAUUUCUGAGCACUGGGACAAGGCUGGCAAAGAAGAGAAGGAGAGUGCCUGCCCGCAAUGCCGUCGAAGCUUCCAGUCGAGGCCUGAGCUAAAGAAGAACAUCGACUUGUCUGACUUGGUGGACAAGAAGCGGAAAGAAGACAGUGUGAAAAGCCUGGGGCCUCCUAGUGUUAGCAGAGCGGCAACAGGGCUGUGCAGUCGGCACGGCAAAGCAAUGGACCUCUAUUGUGAGGUUGAUAAGAUGUGCAUCUGCUGUGCUUGCGUCAUCAAGGAAUGCAGCACACACAAGAAGGUCCUGGUGGAGGACGAGAGAAAAGGCAGAGAGACAAAACUGAUAAAAAACAGCAAAAAAGUGGACCUACAGAUUGAACUGACUGAAAAGAACAUUGCAGAGCUGAAGGAAAACAUUGACACAGCAAAGGCAUUGUCAGAGUGCACAGCAGAGUGGUUGUCUAAUAAGUUCUGCCAGCUGCUAAAGAAUGUGAAGCAGUGCCAGGAGGCCAUGGCACAUUAUGUGGAGCAGGAGAAGGGGAGAGAGCUGAGCCGGGCUGAGGAGAAUCUACAUCAACUUGAGCAGAGUGCUGAGACACUGAAAAAGCAUCGGGAACAGACUGAGGCCCUGCUCAAAAAACAAGACGAUGUCCAAUUUCUGCAGGAGUCUCAGUUCAUUGAACAGCCACCCUUGAAGGAAGUUCCAUUGACUGUUACCUUGGAUUUAGAUGCUAAAAUGACUGCUGUGACUGACAUAGUAUCCAAGAUCUCAAAACUGGUUUUAGAGGAUUUACAGAAAGUGACGUCUCCUGCUGACACACAAGAAGUACAAGUUUCUCCAAAGGAAAAGCGGUGCACUGAAGACAUCUCUGUGAAUCCCGCUGUCUCCACCAAGUCUCCCAUUGGGGAAUGCUAUCAAGCACAUUACCGCCCACUUUCCUUUGACCCCUACACAGCCCAUAACUACAUCAGGCUAUCAUGUGAGAACCACAAAGCAGAACACAGCUCAACAGGGGUGCAGAAGGUCCCUGCACACAAGGCCCGUUUCGAGGGCUGUUGCUGGCAGGUGCUGUGUGCGGAGGGGCUGGAGGGUGGGAAACACUACUGGGAGGUAGAAGUCUCCCAUCCGUGGGUCUACCUGGGGGUGGCCUACAGCUCCAUCAAGAGGAAGGAGAAGGACAAACAGUGGUAUCUGGGUAUGAACAAAGAGUCCUGGAGCCUGCAGCUGAAUAAAGGCUGCUGCUUUGCAUUGCAUGGUGGUAAAGAAGAACGGCUGGGGGAGCAUGACUACAAGAGAAUUGGCCUCUUUCUGGACUACCCGGCAGGCACCCUAACCUUCUACGGGGUGGGGAGUAAACUGAACCACCUUCACACAUUUCACACCGUCUUCAGCCAGCCGCUCUACCCAGCCUUCUGGAUCGGGGAGGGUGUGAGUGUCACACUCUUAUAACAGACAACGUGGGAACUGUUUCUUCUAGUUUUUGAUUUACACUGCAACAUUCAUUAAAGGGGAGUCCCAUUAGGGAUUUUUUUAGAUGAAUUAUACAGCAUAUCUGCUUGCAAUUACAAAUAAAACAUCUUUACUGUUCUAGCUGUCCAAAUGUUGUGACCAAUGCUGCAGGUACGAUGAAUGCUGUACCAUUGCACUCUCAUGUGCAUGCAAACUGACUUUUUUUGGUGGCAUAGAAACCCCGAUGGCUCCAUUGAAACAUCAGAAUCAAAAACAUUUCUUUCUUUCCUAAAUCCUUGUGUGGAUGCUUGAAUGCAAUCAAAUUCGAAUACAGACCAGACAGAAAAGUUAUUGUAGAAAAAAAACAGAUGUUUUUAAACCGGACAAAAUCAAAGGAUCUGAUUAGAAGUCACCUCUCUAAUUCACAGAAGUGUUGUUUUGCUUUGAAAGGUAUUUUUAUUUUUAAACUUGGAACUGUGGGGGAAACCACCUGUUUUAAUACUCAAACAUUAGGCACACACUCCUUGUUGGGAUAGUGGGCUGAAGAAUACUCUUGCGGGUAUAGUGAGGAUUACCAUUGUUGGCAUUUAUAUCUUAAAUAAAAGUGCCCACUGGGCUGAAAUGCAA